CAAAGCCUUCCCCAACGACCUUCAUUCUUCUAGGGCUUACCCACUAAAGAGAAAACAUCAACUCUACAAAGAUCUUCGGUCAAUGAUCUCCUCCGCACAUGGUGUGUGCUAUAAAAACCCCCUGGUACCUCUAUCUUUUAAGCCCAAGUUAGGGCUAUCUCAAUCUCUUUCUACACGCGGUAGGUAAGGAGAUGAAGAGGGUUCGAGUUGUGGUCGUAAAAGGGUCGUCGGCAAGCUCACGAAGGAGAGGGGAGACAAUAAGGUACGGGGAGUGCGAGAAGAACCAAGCGGAAUCGAUCGGAGGUCACGCGGUGGAUGGUUGCCGGGAGUUCAUGGCUCGCGGUGAGGAAGGCACCGCCGCCGCCCUCAUUUGCGCGGCCUGUGGCUGCCACCGGAGCUUCCACAAAAGGAUAGUGAUGACCGAGAAUCAAUAGAGACCGACAACAAUGAUCGAGAUCUCGAGUCAUCUCAUUUAUUCAAAUGGGGUGAUCGCAAAAAGAAGACACUGCUAAAUGAAAUUAGGUUUUGGUGCAUCAUCACUUGAUGAAGGCUUAAUUCGUUUCUUAUGAUCAAAACUCUCUGGGAUUGAUCAUCUUGGAUUGGAGAGGAUGUGGAUGACUGAGGUUAUGCUUUUUCUUUUCUUGGCUUUUCAUUUCGGGCUUGCUUUCAUGCUUUGGGGUGUUGGCCUCUGAUUGGAAUUUUGUUUGUAUGACGACAGAAAUGGAAUGGUUAAACCAAAAAAACUGUUUGAUGAUCUUUUCGAA